AUGGGUCGAGGAAAGAUAGAAGUAAAGAGAAUUGAGAAUAAAACAAGCAGACAAGUUACUUUCUCAAAGAGAAGAGCUGGACUUCUCAAGAAAACACAUGAACUUUCUAUUCUUUGUGAUGCUCAAAUUGGACUUAUCAUUUUCUCCACCAAAGGAAAAUUGUUUGAGUACACCACUCAACCCCACAGCAUGGGUGAGAUCAUUAGUAAGUAUCUCCAAACUACUGGUGCCUCAAUUCCAGUUCAUGAUCAUAGGGUGGAACAAUAUGAUGAAAUAACAAAAAUGAAAAGGGAUACAUUGAACCUUCAAUUGAGCCUUCAAAGAUACAAAGGUGAUGACUUGAAUUUAGCACAAUAUGAUGAAUUAAAUGAACUUGAGAAGCAGCUUGAAAAUUCUGUUAACAAAAUAAGAGCUAGAAAGCUUGAACUCUUGCAGCAGCAGAUGGAAAACCUGAAGAGAACGGAGAAAAUGUUGGAGAAAGAAAAUCAAGACAUGUGCCAGUGGUUGAUGAAGUAUGAAAUGUACAAGCAACAGCCAGCAGCAGUGAUGGAGCAGCAGCAACAACAACAAGAAGAAGAAGAAGCAGCAAUUACUGAACUGAAUUUACUUGGAGAACAGCCAUUGUUGGCUCAAUUUUCAUUUUUUGGAGAUCAACAUCACCAACUUGGAGUUGGAGGAGGAAGUACUAGUAAUUCUUCAGCCUAUCACCUUCAGCCUUUUCACCCUAACCUUCAUCUUCCUCCCACUACCUAUGAUUGAUGAUGCUUUAUAUAUGAUGAGGAGCUGCAAUUGCUGGGAAGCUAGACAGUGAAAUUCCUAGGGAUAAUUAAUUAUACACAUUUCCUUUAGCAUAUUUGGAAGCUAGCAUAUACACUUUAAUUAAUUAUUAUGCAUCUUAAUUAAGGAUCUAUUGAUUGUAACUAAGGAUAUAUCUAGUAAUUAUGCAUUUACACUGGAUUGUUGGCACAAUUAAGUUUUACUUUAUAAAUUUUAGACUGGAAUAGGAACUGGGAUGUUCGAUCAUAUGUAAGAAAU